AUGUUUAUACUUUCAUCUAGAAUAUAUAGUUUUUACAAUGAAGAGAAUAUGUUUAAUAUAUUUAUGGGAGACCAUACAUAUGAUAUAAAAUUAGAUUUAAGAAAUUUUCGAUUACUAGCAGAACUUGAACAUAAAAUCAUUUCACAUAUUAUAUAUUCACAACAGAUACCUAAUUAUUAAAAGAAUGACGAAACAUUUGUAUUUAGAAAUGGAAAGAGGAACAAACAAACAAGCACACAAUCAAGGAGAAGUUCUUUAUAUGAAGAAUUCAAUAAAAAAUAUAUAAUAUAUGGAAAAAAACAAUUAUCUCAUUUUGAAAAAAAACAUUACAUAGAUUUUAUUAUAAAAAAAAAAUCUUCAAUUAGUAAUAAGACAUACCCAAAAUUAAUAUGUAAAAAGUUUGGGCAUAAAAUGUUAUUACCUACUUUAGUAUUCUUUUUGGCAUUAUUAGCAUCAUUAGGAGGUUCAAUAUGUAGUUUUUUUGGUCAAAGUAAAAAUUUUAAUACUACUGUUAGUUAUGACUACGUUAAUAUAAUUUUAAAAGAUGAAUGCGAUAUAACAUUUCUUGUAUUUUUGGGUAUAUUAAUUGUUAUAUUGUUGAUAUGAUCUGCUUUUACUUAUAUGAAGUUUAGAAAAUAUAAAAGAAUUUUGAAAACUAAAUGUUAG